AUGGGACCGGGCGAUCAGCACGUUGUCCACCCUUUCUUCAGACAGGGUAUGAGCCUCGCGGUUAAUUUUACACUACUAUUAGCUCAUAUCGAACACCCAGAUUUUGCAGUUCCAGGAAAAACCAAUCACUCCCUUCCCAAUGGCAACGCAGCCUCAACGCCAACCGAUGUAUUUGCUCGCGCCAACGAAGAGCAAUUGCCGCAUUUGCAAGAAUCGAAUGGACCUGAAGUCCCGAGGUCUCAGAUCUCGGCGCCCUUGAACCAAGACGAAGACCCUAAUGCGAGCCGACGCAAAAGACGCAGGAUGGAGAAAUCCAAGCCAGACCAAGGAACAAUAUUGAGAACAGGACUCUCAGGAUGGCUGGGAAUCGAGACUUCAGAAACUGCGGCUCCUCCACCCAUAGCUGAUACUCGGCCUGCCCCUGCCAUCGCUUCACACCAGUCGCCUCGACCCUUGGACGAUAGCGGUCAGGUCCUAGACCCGAGCUCCAAUGAACAAGACGACGAAGACGCGUCCAAUGGCGGCAAACGAAAGAUAUUGAAGUUGAAUACCAAUGGUAGAUUGCUGAGCUCCCCUCCUGCCAGCUCCACGGCAAUAACAGACCGAAAGUCGACGGGAAGCAAGCGACGAAGAGGUGCGAAGGUCCGCAGUAAACUCACCAUCCUCAAAUACAGCACCGAAGGAGAGAGGGAAAUUGGGAGCUUGAUCAACCAAAUUCUCAAUGGCCAAACGGUAUAUAGACCCGCCCCUCCACGGCCUGCAGCACCCCCAAAACCCGUGGUGAAAGGACCUGCGAAGCCAACACACCCUUUCUUUGUGAAGAAAGCGGCACAAAAGUCCCAGGAUGACACGGCAUCUGGUGGUGACUCAAACACUGAUUCAAGCAAGACCAACACCCCUGCCAUAUCAGAGGCCAGGCGAGAACCAAGGCCAUUUCCAACAUUUCCCUCGACAAACAGUCGAAAUAAGUCAAAUUUUCCCGAGCUCAUUGAACCUUUGUGGCCACCCAAAGACCUUGUCCAUAUCCGUUCUCUUGACUCGGAACAGGCUACCAAACCCUUCACCGUCAACCCCUUCAUAAAUGACCGAAAGAAAGCCAAAUCUCCGGCGAUCGUUAUUAGCGAUGACGAAAAUGCUCUUUUGACCAGCACAUCAUGUGCACGGGAGAUGGCAAAUUCAUACAUGGGAGGACAUGGCACAUCGAAUCUACGCUUGCCUUUACGGCAUAUCGCCAGUGGACGUGUUCUGCAGACUGCAAUUGACAAUCAAAUGUCCUGGUCCUCACCAAACUCGCGUUAUCAGGCCCAAUCUGUCGCCCCAGUUAUAUCUAAUUUGAGAUCAGCAUUGCUAUCAUCUUUCUCAGCUUUCGACCGUGGGAAGUAUGAAUCGCAACUCUGGGCUCACAAAUACGCACCCAAAAAGGCUGAGGAUGUUUUGCAAGUCGGCCGCGAGGCCCAGGUACUCCGUGACUGGCUUCGUCAUCUUAAAAUUUCGGCAGUCGACACUGGAAAGCCUUCCAAAGAUCACGGCAAAUCCAACCUAACCCGAGACAAGAAAAAGAAAAAGCGGCGAAAGAAGAACGACAAACUCGAUGGAUUCAUCGUCUCUAGCGAAGAAGAGGCAUCUGAGAUGGACAACAUCUCAGGAUCAGACGAUGAGCUUGCUGGAGAUGUCACAAUUUCUGCUCAACGAACUGUGAUCCGAUCAGGAGACCUGGCAAUAUCCUCAUCACAAGGAGGAGAGAAGGGUCGUGUUUCAAAUGCUAUCCUUUUGAGCGGCCCAUCCGGCUCUGGCAAAACUGCUUCAGUAUACGCGGCAGCCAAAGAGCUUGACUUUGAAGUUUUUGAGAUCAAUGCUGGCAGCCGUCGAAGUGCGCGAGACAUGCUGGAAAGGGUCGGGGACAUGACCCAGAAUCAUUUAGUCCAUCUUCUGAACGAUGGCGACGAAUCUUCUGCCAAGCCUCGACCAUUGGGAACGGAAGACGAUGCAAAACAAAACAAGCUGAUGGGAUUUUUCAAAGGACAGACGUCUAGGAGUGCUAGACCCGACAAGAAGAGUACUCAACCUAGUCCAACAACCGACAAUGAGGCAAAGCGCAAUCGUGAACAGAAACAGUCUUUGAUUCUUCUCGAAGAGGUCGACCUGCUUUUCGACGAGGACAAACAGUUUUGGACUGGCGUUUUGACCCUCGUCAGUCAGUCGAAGCGACCCAUUGUCAUCACAUGCAACAACGAAAGCCUCGUACCAACCCAGGACAUGUCUUUACACGCCAUUCUCCGAUUUCAAAGGCCCCCACGCGAUCUAGCCAUCGACUAUUUAUUACUUGUCGCCGCGAACGAAGGCCACGUUCUCAAACGAGAGGCUGCCGGCAAGCUAUACGAUGCCUCAGGCAUGGACAUCCGAAGAUCUUUGAUGGACCUGAAUUUUUGGUGCCAGAUUGGCGUUGGAAGUGAAAAAGCAGGUCUUGAUUGGAUUUUAUCCUUAUGGCCUCCGGAGGCGAAUGUAGACCAGAAUGGUGAUAGAGUUCGAGUUCUCAGUCUGAACACUUACGAGCCAUACAUGGGCUGGUUCAAUCGCGACAUUUUGCUGGAGCAGGAUCCUCUGGAGAGUGAAACGGAGACUCUGCAGAAUACCUUGCACUGGUGGAGACUCGGCAUACAAGAAACAGAGGACGCGGCCCGCGGCAGUAUCAUGGAGACUUUGCCUCAUGAUCUUUAUCAAUCGCGGUCGAAGACGGAGCAGCUUGAUUUGCUGAGUCGCGAAGCGGACUACCUGGAAAUGCGAAGCUCACUCGACCUUCUCUGCUCGAAGUGUUCUUUGAGCAUGCUACAGGCAAGUAUCAUCUCUUGCAUCGACUCGACAUUAGGACUAACCAAGUUCCAGGAUGUUGUCGACACGUCUGCCCCUCCACCUCCCGAAGGUCAUCGCUCCAACUAUCUCGAAUCAUAUCCUCUCCUGCAGGCCGACCUGCGACCCGAACACUCCUCCUUAAGUGAGAACAUUAGUCUCACGUUCAAUGCAUUGAUUUCACGAACCUUCCGACCCAAAACCGAAGACCACGAGUCUUCUAGCGUGGCUCGCAUUUUCAAAGGCUGGACCAAGGAUGGCGCACGUCGGAUGCAUUUCCCAAACACUCUACCCAACUUUCAGAAAGUGUUUGAGCCUCUCACGCGUGCGAAUUACUCCAUGCCGAUCCCCACAGGGCGAUUGGCGCCUUCUUUUGAAAACAGCCUUGCCCCAAUCACCGAGGACAUCGCCCCAUACGUCCGCGCCAUUAUGGUCUUUGAUGGUCGAUUGAAAGAGUAUCGCGACAAGUUGCGCGCACUUUUGACCAGGGAGCAUGGUCCUGGCGACAAGCGUGGCCGAACUACUCGUGCCAGCCGAGCUGCGCUCGAAGGAGGCGACAAAGCUUCGACGCGGAAAGAGAGGUGGUUCCCGGACGACACGAAUUAUUUCUGGAUCCUAGGUACGGGGAAAUACGAGUGGCAGAAUAUCUUGUUCCAGAUGGGACAUUUCCACGUUCAGCCUGCCGUGGAAUUCUCCGAGGAAGCGCGCAGUCAUGAUUCUGAUGAACAACAAUCUCAAGAAGGGGGGUCAUAG